CACCUGCUAUUCCGACUGGCCCUGAGACCUUUCUGGUAAGUCCUGUAAUUCUUCUAUGAGUUUUCUUCCCUCAGGCUUACCUCAUUAUGUAAAUACUUAAAAUGUUUCAUUAAGAUGCAUGUAAGAUGCAUAAAUAAUUUUCUCUCAUUAAAACUGUACAUCUUGCUAAUGAAAGUGUAUUUUACUGUAUAUAGAAUCAUCUGAAGUAAUAGAAACGGCAACAUGCUUCACCACUUCUUAGUUCAUGCAGCUUUUCAGACCAGCAGGUGGCUUCCAAGAGAUCAAAGUCAGAUUGUUCUUUUCAUCUUUGCGGUGCUUUUCCUGGCACCACAGUUUUAUGUUUUGUCAAGGCCAAAAUCUUCUCGCUAUUGUGAAAAGCCACUGUUGAACAAUCUUAUAGCCUUCAUUGUGUUCUCUUUUAUAGCAACAGGUUUGGCUGUAGCGCUUACACUCACUGACCCAGUUCCCAAGAGCAUCAGAGUAGCUUUUCACUCAUUUGGGCUGUUCGCAUUUAUACAGGGACUUUGUACAGUCAUUCUUACCCUGUCUGCACCUCAGUGUGAAAAGACCACCACUGAAUUGUAUAUCUUUUCUUUGGUAGUCUCUUGGGCCUGCAUACUCUCAACAGCUUUCUUUCUUGUAAGAGGAGGUCUCUGCCUGAUUCAUAGACUGUUUCCUCAUUGGUUAAGAGAUACGUGCCUUUGGGAUUGAAAAUGAGCCACUGCUGCAGUAUGGCCUUCUACUGACAUUCAAUACAGCUGGCCUGACAGUUUUUUGUCAAGGGCCUGAGCACUAUAAAGGUUGUGACCAAAUGGCUUCUCCAAUACCACCCUCAACCAUGCUUCGGAUGGGGGGCGGCAGGUGUUGUUGAUCUUCUCUGCAAUGUCUGCAUA